UGGGCUCAGAGUCUGUCAGAGAUACAAAAGAAUUCUUCAGUUCAUCUCUACUUUAAGAUGUUUAUUUUAUAUUAACAUUCACGUUUAAAUCACAUUUACAUUCAGGGCAUUUAACAGACGCUUUUGUGCAAAGCGACAAUAAGUUCAUUUGUCACAAGAGAGAAACACGACAUCACUGUUGAUGGAGUAGAAGAAAAAUCUGAACAAUGUCCGUCUGACGAUCGGAGACUGUUUAUCAAGGAAACUGUCUGUUCAUCAGUGAUGUGAUUAAAGUGCUCAGAUAAGAACAUGACCAGCACAGACGAGUUUGUCUGUUCGUCUCCAGGUGACGUCUGAUCACACGAGUCCUGAUUCUUCACAUUAAAACACAGACAGGCUUCCGUCCUGCUCGUCUCAAAAACUAAUGAUAUCAGGUUUGCUAUGUGGACAAAAGUAUGUGGACAGGUGUUGAAGCAGCUGUACUGGGUGUUUGGGUCUGGAUCGAUAGACUCGAUCGCCCAGGAGGAGCUCCAGGCUUCACGUGAUGCACUCGGCCCAAAUGUACAAGAAGCUCACAUUGAGAAGGAAUGUAAAAUGCUGUAGAAGCUGUAAAUGGUGGAUACACGAGUCAUGACUUGUUUCCUGUCAGAAUUUGAUCUAUUCCGUCCAACAACAUUUGGAAAGUCUAGAUGAGCCGCACCAUUCAAUUAUUUUAUACCCACUGAAGUUAGCCGGCUCGGUUAGCACACGUUCAGUUCUGUGGGCCUCUGACUCGGAGGAUCUGGUCAGGAGCAACACAACCAACACUGUCCGGGUUUAAUGUUACGUCCUCAGGUACACUAUAGUCACAUGGCGGCCAUUUUCCUCUGACAUCACACUCCAGGUGUGGCGGUUCGGACCAGGUGAGAGUCGUAUAUAUAAAAGCAAAUAACGAUCAUUUCACUGUUUCCUGUUUGACGAUGGUUUAAUCUGGAGGCUGGAGCCAUUUUUCAAGUUAAACAACAGCUAACAGCUAAUGGCUAACAGCUAACAGCAUUACAAUCCAAAACGUACUAGCUAACGUGAAAAUGAAUUCAGAAAUAUCAGCACACACCUUGGAGACAUUCGUCUAACGAGGAACACACAAUAAUGUACCCAGGAAGCUGCUGAACACUAACAUCAGCUAACGAGUUACUAAAACCUGUUGUUUUACCUAAAAGUAGAUGUCUGAUAUUUGUGUUAUUAUUUAUUUAUUAUACAUUUAUUACAACAAACCCACGUCUGCACUGCAGCUCAUGAACAUCUCAACAAAUCUCCCGUCUUCAUGUUAUAAUCUGUGUGAUUCUGUUUCAUGGUCAUGUUCUUCGUUUGUUCCUCCUCUGCCACCAAAAUGUACACAAAACAUUCGUCACAGCUAACAGAGCCGAGCUGAGGCUCCCACUGUUUGCACAAUAAAAGAAGACAGGGGAGUGUGUGUGUGUGUGUGUGUGUGUGUGUGUGUGUGUGUGUGUGUGUGUGUGUGUGUGUGACAGGUUGGAACAUGCAGAGAGGAAUCCAGGUGUGAGGAGGAGCGUCGAGGGUCUCUUUAUUUAAAGUUGAACCAGAAUCUGAUCAGAUGAGAUUAUCAGCAGGUCGGAUCUGAGAGGAGCUGAUCCACCUGAACGAGCCGGAUGAUUGAGUCACCUGAGAGACGCUUGCAGAUAGAAACACAAACAGACAGAGAGGGUGACAACGUCGUGUCAUUGUACAACAGGCGUAGAAUUCACAUUCCUGCUGUGAUUCGUCAGUUGGUCACAUGUCUGCGCCCGAGGCUGCAGCGAGGCCCGGACCCUCCACCCCUCCCUCACCUUCAUCCGGGAUAAAAGGAGCUGGGUCGGACCUCGGCUUCAUUCUCUCCUCUCCAUCCAGUGCAGGCAGACUCCUCCAGCAUGUCUUCUUACGCUCGCUCCACCACCUUCUCCAGUGGAAGCCGUCUGGGCAGCAUGAGGGCCCCCAGCAUGUACGCCGGCGCCGGAGGCUCUGGGGUCCGCAUCUCCAGCGUGAGCGCUCCCAGAAGCUUCUCGUCAGCCGGGGCAGGGUUCUCUGCCGGCGGCGCUGGCUUCAACCUGGCCGACGCCUUGGACAACGCCAGCGACAUCUCCGGCAGCAAGAAAGCAGCCAUGCAGAACCUGAACGACCGUCUGGCCGCCUACCUGGAGAAGGUGCGCAAGCUGGAAGCAGCCAACGGCGAGCUGGAGCUGAAGAUCAGACAGUUCCUGGAGAAGAAGACCCAACCUGAGGGCCACGACUGCGCCGCAUUCAAGGUGGUCAUCAGCGACAUGCAGGACCAGAUCCAACAGGCCACCCGUACAAACGGCUCCCUCUACCUGGCGAUCGAUAACGCCAAGCUGGCUGCUGACGACUUCAAGGUCAAGUACGAGAACGAGCUGGCCAUGCGUCAGUCGGUGGAGGGCGACAUCGCCGGGCUGAAGAGGGUUCUGGACGAGCUGACUCUGAACAGAUCGGACCUGGAGAUGCAGAUCGAAUCUCUGAGGGAAGAACUCAUCUGCCUCAAGAGGAACCACGAGGAGGACCUGCUGGCUCUCAGGGCCCAGAUGGGAGGCCAGGUGAACGUGGAGGUGGACGCCGCUCCUCAGCAGGACCUGUCCGCCGUCAUGGCCGGAAUCAGAGAACACUACGAGACUGUCGCCAACAAGAACCGCAAAGACCUGGAGUCCUGGUUCCAGGCCAAGUCUGAAGCGCUCAACAAGGAGGUCGCCUCCAGCACCGAGACUCUGCAGAUGUCUCGCUCCGAGGUCACAGAGGUCAAACGUUCGCUGCAGAGUCUAGAGAUUGAGCUCCAGGCGCAACUCAGCAUGAAAGCAUCUCUAGAAGGAACCCUCGCAGACACACAGAGCCGCUAUGCUAACAUGCUAGCAGGUUACCAGAGGCAGGUGUCAAUGCUGGAGGACCAGCUGUCUCAGCUGAGACUGGACCUGGAGCGUCAGAGCCAGGAGUACCAGAUGCUGCUGGACACCAAGACCAGGCUGGAGAUGGAGAUCGCCGAGUACAGAAGGCUGAUGGACGGAGAGAUCAUGCCGACUUCCUCGUCCACAACCAGUAAAGUUCUGAUCAUCACCAAAGAGAUCAUCGAGGGAGAAGACACUGAGACUGACUAGACUCAGUGAGACGACAACAACAUCAACACGCUGCAAACCGUUCUCAGAACAACACCAAUAAAAUCUGACGAACUGAAA